AUUCCAGGUGGUUUUGCACUUCUGCGCAAACUCUGCAAGGAAGAAGUAGCGCAUUCUUGUAGUGGUGCUCAAGUCCUCCGCUUAGAGCCAGACUUGGAGCCUUCGUUCAAUACCUAAAGCCGCCAUGGCUAGUGUGAGCCCCGGACCCGCUCCACCGCCUGGCGCCUGGGAGGAGGUGUGGCAUUCCGCAGCAGAGGAGCUUGCUGCCUUGCGCAAUCAAAGGGCGUUUCCACCGGUGCUGCAAGUUCUCCGUGUGAACCAGGUGGACGCCCAACGUUUGGACGUUGAGAUGACGGGCAUGCUUCGGGAGCAGUUGGUGAAGGUCUUCAGCUUUCUGCGACCGGGCAUUCUGUCGAGAUACGAGCCGGAGCUGAACCUGGUUCUGGAGGCGCUUGUGUUCCGGUUCUCGAUCUGGGUCGACCGGCCGACCCCAGGCAACGCGCUUAUGAACCUCCGGUACAGGAACGAGCAUGCUGUCAGGAGAGGAGAGGUCGGCCCCGUUCGCACCGGCCUAGAAGGCCCAGGUCUCACCCGCUCGCAAAAGGUGCUGUAUGCGGCGGCGCUCAUAGGGGGCCGCUACGCCUGGCUCCGACUCAACAGUACUUCCGCGCUGCAGCGAUGGGGCGACAGAGACAGGACGACGUGGGCCAACCGCGGGUGGCGCCUGCUUCUGUGGGUCGAGAAGUCGUACCGGCUGCUAGCCUUUCUGAACCUGCUGCACUUUUUGCGCACCGGCAAGUACCGCAACCCGGUAGAGGCCGUCCUGGGGACGCGUCUCGUCUACGACCGGCCAACCAUGAGCCGCCAGGUCAGCUUCGAGUACAUGAACCGACAACUAGUGUGGCACGAGUUCUCGGAGCUGCUCCUUCUACUGCUGCCGCUGCUCAGCCUGUCGUCGAUCAAGUCGACGCUCCUCGCGCCCUUCCAAUCCAGCGGCCAGAAUUCGGCCACGUCGUUGCCGCAGGAAAGCUGCGCGAUAUGUAGGACGAGUACAAUAGCAGUCCCGUAUACAGCUGUACCGUGUAACCAUAUGUUCUGCUAUUAUUGCUUGAGCACGCAUGCGGCAGCUCAGGCGAACUACAAGUGCCCACGGUGCUUGACGGAAGUAGAGGCGAUGCAAAGACACCAACCAAAAGGACUGCUAAGCGACAAGUAGUUGAUAAGGAUAGAAAGUAAAGGUAGGGAUGGGUGUCACGUUCACGCAGUUGCUUCACUGGUAAAAGCGCCGCGCAGAAAGCAGGUCGAUCACGACCAGGUUUGCGGCUGACUUGGGGCAGGCUUAGAGUGCUUGAUCAUGACGGUUAGGUAGGAAUGCAGAUUACUUCAAUAUCUGCGUCUCGGAGAGGACCUCGUUCCGAAUCUCCAUGAGGCGCAACGAAAACCACCGCCGCAUAAAUCUCUUUGCACGAGCAUGGAUUAUUAUCGCCAAGGCCACUUUGAUCAUGGCCCGGCUGCAGGUAUCUGCAUCAAGGAAUCAAGUUGGGUGGCUUGCGACAC